AUGCAGCCGGGGUACCGGGAGUUGAAGCGCAGUCCGAUGCAGGACGCGAACCUCUGCUCGCGCCUGUUCCUCUGGUGGCUAAACCCCUUGUUUACAACUGGUUACAAACGGAAAUUAAAACAAGAUGACAUGUACUCAGUGCUUCCGGAAGAUGGCUCCAGGCAUCUUGGGGAAGAGCUGCAAGGGUACUGGGAUCAGGAAGUCUUGAGAGCUGAGAAAGAUGCACAGGAGCCUUCUUUAACGAAAGCAAUCAUGAAGUGUUACUGGAAAUCCUAUUUAGUUUUGGGAAUUUUUACAUUUCUUGAGGAAGGCACAAGAGUGGUUCAGCCCGUAUUUUUGGGGAAAAUUAUUAAUUAUUUUGAAAACUAUGAUCCCACCGAUUCUACUGCUUUGUACAAAGCCUGCAGCUACACCGCAGUGCUGAGUGCCUGUGUGCUCAUUUGGGCCAUUCUACACCACUUUUACUUCUAUCACAUUCAGUAUGUGGGGAUGAGGCUAAGAGUAGCCAUGUGCCAUAUGAUUUACCACAAGGCACUUCGCCUGAGUAGCUUGGCCAUGCGCAGGACCACCACAGGCCAGAUAGUCAACCUGCUGUCCAACGAUGUGAACAAGAUUGAUCAGGUAACGAUGUUCUUGCACUUUCUGUGGGUGGGGCCGCUGCAGGCUAUCGCAGUGACCGCCCUGCUCUGGAUGGAAAUAGGAAUAUCAUGUCUUGCCGGGAUGAUGGUUCUCAUUAUUCUUCUGCUUUUGCAAAGCUGCAUUAGGAAGUUGUUUUUAUCACUCCGGAGAAAGACCACAACUUUCACAGUCAGCAGGAUCAGGACCAUGAGCGAAGUUAUAACUGGCAUCAGAACAAUAAAAAUGUAUUGUUGGGAAAAGUUAUUUGCAGAUCUUAUUACCAGAUUGAGAAGGAGGGAAAUUUCGAAGAUUCUGAGAAGUUCCUACCUUAGAGGAAUUGAUUUGGCAUUGUUUUUCGUUGUAAGCAAAGUCAUGGUCUUUGUCACCUUCAUCAUCAGUGUGGCCCUUGACAACCUGAUCACAGCCAGCCAAGUGUUUAUGGUGGUGGCGCUGUUCGAAGCUCUGUGGUUUACAGCCACCCUCUACUUCCCCAUGGCCAUCGAGAAGGUGUCAGAGGCAGUUGUCAGCAUCCGAAGAAUCAGGAACUUUCUGUCACUUGAUGAGAUAUCACAGUGCAACCCUCAGCUCCCAUCAGAUGGUAAAACGAUUGUGCACAUGCAAGAUUUUACUGCUUUUUGGAAUAAGACAUCAGAAACCCCAGCCCUACGAGGCCUUUCCUUUACUGUCAGACCCGGUGAACUGUUAGCUGUGAUCGGACCCGUAGGGGCAGGAAAGUCAUCACUGCUAAGUGCUGUGCUGGGGGAGCUGCCCCCGAGCCAGGGGCUGGUCACCGUGCACGGGAGGAUCGCGUAUGUUCCUCAGCAGCCCUGGGUGUUUUCAGGAACUGUGCGGAGUAAUAUUUUAUUUGGGAAGAAGUAUGAAAAAGAACGAUAUGAAAAAGUAAUAAAGGCUUGUGCUUUGGAAGAGGAUUUGCAGUUUUGGGGGGAUGGAGAUCUAACAGAGAUAGGAGAUGGAGGAACCAGGCUGAGUGCCGGGCAGAAAGCCCGGGUCAGCCUCGCAAGAGCCGUGUAUCAGGACGCAGACAUCUACCUCCUGGACGAUCCACUCAGCGCAGUGGAUGCAGGAGUCAGCAGGCACUUGUUCCAACAGUGUAUUUGUCAAGCCUUGCAUGAGAAGAUCACAAUCUUAGUGACUCAUCAGUUGCAGUUCCUAAAAGAUGCAAGUCAGAUUCUGAUAUUGAAAGAUGGUGAAAUUAGGCAAAAAGGGACUUACGCUGAGUUUCCAAAACCUGGGGUAGAUUUUGAAGAUAUCCUCUUAAAGAAGGUGAAUGAGGAGGCUGAACCAUCUCCAGAUCUAGGAACUCUCACUCUGAGGAAUCGGACCUUCUCUGAGACUUCUGUUCAGUCUCAACAGUCUUCCAGACCCUCCUUGAAAGAUGCCGCUCCAGAUACUGAGAAUAUGCAGGUUACACUAUCACUGGAGAACUAUUCAGAGGGAAUAGUUCAUUUUAAGACCUAUAAGAAUUACUUCACAGGUGGUGCUGACCAGUUUAUCAUCAUUUUCCUUAUUGUAGCAAGCAUUGCAGCUCAGGUUGCCUACGUCCUUCAGGAUUGGUGGCUUUCAUCCUGGGCAAAUGAACAGAGUAGCCUGUAUGCCAUGGUGUAUGGAAAAGAAAACCUAAUUGUGACACCUGAUCCUGCCUGGUACUUUAAAAUUUAUUCAGUUCUAACUGUAGGUACUGUCCUUUUCGGCAUCACAAGAUCCCUGUUGAUAUUCUACGUCCUUGUUAAUUCUUCAAAAACUUUGCACAACAAAAUGUUGGAGUCCAUUUUGAGAGCUCCAGUAUUGUUCUUUGAUAGAAAUCCAAUAGGAAGAAUUUUAAAUCAUUUCUCCAAAGACAUUGGGCAUAUGGAUGACUUGCUGCCCCUGACAUUUCUUGAUUUCAUCCAGACAUUUCUACUUGUGAUUGGUGUGGCAAGCGUGAUGGUGGCUAUGAUUCCUUGGAUUGCGAUACCCCUGGCUCCCCUUGGCAUCAUUUUCUUUGUUCUUCGGCAAUAUUUCUUAGAGACGUCAGGAGAUGUCAAACGCCUGGAAUGUGCAACACGGAGCCUAGUGUUUUCCCACUUAGCAUCUUCUCUCCGGGGACUCUGGACCAUCCGGGCAUACAAAGCCGAACAGAAGUUUCAGGAAGUAUUCGACGAACACCAAGAUUUGCAUUCAGAGGCUUGGUUAAUGCUUUUGACUAUGUCCAGAUGGCUCGCCGUGCGUCUGGAUACCGUCUGUGCCAUCUUUGUCACCAUUGUUGCCUUUCUGUGCCUGAUUCUGGCAGAAACUUUGGAUCCCGGGCGGGCUGGCCUGGUGCUGUCUCUCGCCCUCACGCUCAUGGGGAUGUUCCAGUGGUGCGUCAGGCAAAGCGUUGAAGUUGAGAAUAUGAUGAUUUCAGUAGAGAGGGUGAUUGAAUAUACAGACUGUGAGAAAGAAGCACCCUGGGAAUGCGAGCAUCGUCCACUGCCAACCUGGCCCCAUAAAGGAGAGAUUUUCUUUCGUAGUGUUAACUUCAGGUACAGCUUAGAUGGGCCUCUAGUAUUGAAGGACCUGACAACAGCCAUUAAACCAAGAGAAAAGGUUGGUAUCGUGGGAAGAACAGGAGCUGGAAAAAGUUCCCUCACCUCUGCCCUUUUUAGAUUGUUAGAACCUAAAGGUGGCAUUCACAUUGAUGAGAUCUGGACAAUCGAUAUCGGACUUCACGAUUUAAGGAAGAAAAUGUUGGUUGUACCUCAGGAACCGUUUUUAUUUACUGGAACAAUGAGGAAAAAUCUGGAUCCCUUUAAUGAGCGUACGGAUGAGGAACUGUGGAAUGUCUUAGAAGAGGUACAACUUAAAGAAGCCAUCGAAGGUCUUCCUGGUAAAAUGAGUACUAAAUUAGCAGAAUCAGGAUUGAACUUUAGUGUUGGACAGAGACAACUGCUGUGUCUUGCCAGGACUAUUCUCAGGAAAAAUCAGAUAUUGAUUAUUGACAAAGCCACAGCACAUGUGGAUCCAAGAACUGAUGAGUUGAUACAAAAAAAUAUCCAUGAGAAAUUUGCCCAGUGCACGGUGCUGACCAUCACACACAGGUUGAGCACUGUUAUUAACAGCAACAGGAUAAUGGUCUUGGAUUCAGGGAGGCAAAAAGAAUAUGGCCCGCCACAUAUUUUGCUGCAAAAUAGAGAAGGCCUGUUUUCCAAGAUGGUGCAACAACUGGGCAAGGACAAGGCUGCUGUCCUCACUGAAAUAGCAAAACAGGCACACAUCAGAAGGAGAUAGCCAGAUAUCACUCACAGUGACCUUG